UUUAGGAGGGUGAGAGCGAGAGGCUCACAGAAUCCUCCAAGAAGAGAAGGAGGAGAUGAUGAAGACUCUGGCACAUGAAGAGGAGUUACAUUUCUUCUCAAAAAUACAUGGCUACUUUUGUGAACCCUGUGUGUGUGUGUGUGUGUGUGUGUGUGUGUGUGUGUGUGUGUGUGUGUGUGUGUGUGUGUGUGUGUUUGUGUGUGUGUAUGUGUGUGUGUGUGUGUGUGUGUGUGUGUGUGUGUGUGUGUGUGUGUGUGAGUGUUCUGCGAUAGACUGGUCUCCUGUUCAGCCCUGUGCCCCUCAGGGCCGCUGCUCUACGCUUCAGCUGAUGAGGUUUCCAGGCUCCUCAUUUAGGAUCUGCUUUAAUCACCGUGUCUGAAGUUCCAGUUCCUCCCAAAGUCCAGGAGAACUUUCAGGACAAUGCAGGCUGUAGGGAACUUGUUUCUGUCGGUGAGCCUGAGACCCAUCAGAAGGCCAACAGCAUCACAGGAAAAUAUGUGGUUCCAGGACCCAGAGUCUCCAGGAGCUCCGUAUGGGCCAGACACGGUGUGGUGCAUCGACACUGUGAGCAGUGAAGUACGAGAACUGUACGCCUAUGAAAACCUGGAGCAGCUCGCCCGUGGUUACCCCACCAAGGUCCUGCUUUUACCAGAGUCGAUGGGGAGCCCCGGGGCCACCGUGUACCACAGAUCGCUUUACUACCGACGCAGACAGAGCUGCGUUAUGAUCUUGCCACCGAGAACAUCGUGGCCUGGAUUCCCAGGACACCCAGGAUUCCACAGCCAGUAUCCUUAUUCCUGGGGUGGCUACACCGACAUCGGAGCCUCGUGGAGCCGUCAUUAUCUCACAGCUGGAUCCUGAACACCUGAGAGUGAUCAGAAGCUGGGAGACAAACAUCCAGAAGAACAAAGUGGCGAACGCUUUCAUGGUGUGUGGCAGACUGUACACUGUACAACCCAACUUUUAUAACAUCGUGUAACUUAGCGCCAUCUUCUGGCAAAUAGAUUCAACUGCAAAUACA